AUGGCGUCCCUGGCCACCAAAGCAAAAGCCGGAGCACCAAUUGUCACACAAUGCCUGCACAGCCAGAAAGUUGGCGUGGUAGUGUCGGCGGGGAAGAUGUCGCGGGCGGUAAAAGUGCGCGUGGCAGGGCAAGAAUGGAAUAAAAAGUUCCGAAAACACUUUCCAGCACCCACAACGUACCUCGUGCGCGACCCAAACAACUCGCUCGUCGAGGGCGACAUUGUUCGCAUAACAUCCGGCUACCGCACCAGCACGGCCAUCUCGCACGUCGUAACCUCGAUUGUUGCGCCCUUUGGCGAGCCUGUCGAGAACCGGCCACCCGUCCUCUCCCAGGCGCAAAUCGAAGAACAGCGUGUAAAGGACCGGCUGCUAAAAGAUGUGCGGUCGGCACAGCGCGGUCGGCAGGCGAGCGUACAGAGACUGGCGCAGGCGAGGAAGCAGGGGCUCACGAUACCGACACUAGAGGAGGCUAUGGAGAAUAUGAGGGUGCAUACCGACAAGGAGAAGGCGAGACUCGAGGCGCACGGUGGGCAGGCGGGGCAGCAGAAGACGGCCAAGGAGAGGCGGAUGGAGCAGGGGAAGAAGACAAAGGCCGAGGGUCGGGCGGAGAAGAAGGCCAAGGAGGCGAGAAAGCAGACGGCCUAG